CUGCCUUUCAGCUGAUGAUGCAUGUGGCAGAAUAGGCUUGGGGAGCAUUGCUAUAGCAACCGCAAACAGAAAGGCACUUCAGAGCAAUCUCUAAGAGGAAAUGUGACCUGGGCCAUUACACAUCUACAAGCCCUACUAGACAACCGGAUCACUUCUAAAGAUAAAAUUGAAGGUGAGCAGCAGGUGACAGCAGCGAGUAUGUCGUGGUUCAGCUGGAACGAGCCGUACUAUCGGAGCCCACGACGUGAGCCGUCUGAAGUGGUUACGGACACCCUGAUGCUGGAGCUGAGCUGGCAGAUGAAGGAGGCCGAGAGACAGCAGCGGGAGCGAGACAAUGAGUAUCGGCGACUGAAGAGCGGCGUGGACUACAGCUGGCUCAUGAGCACCCCACGCAGCUCUCAUGACAUCAGCCAAGGAGAGAGACUCGGCCUUGAGGACCUGUGUAGCAAAGUACCACCAUCAUACUGCGGAUCUGUAAUACAACGGUUUCGGCAGGUGCUGAUGGAGAAUGAGCCUGAGGUGCAGGAGGUUUCUGGACUCUUUCGCUCCGUGCUUGCGGAAACACUUGAGCGUGUUCAUGAGGAGCAGGAGGCGCAGCGUCUGACCCACCAGUGGAACAACAGACGCUCCAUAAGCCUGUCGCUGAUGAGCUUCAAGUCUCGCGUGCGGAUCAACCCUUUCGGCAGCACCUUGGGACUGAAAUCAAACAGCUACGGCUCAGAGGAAGAUGGAGUAGAUGUUAAGACUGUGUGUGGGGAUGUUGAGAAGGGCCUUGGUCAGACAACAGAGAAAGCACAGCGCGUGUGGAGCAUGCCGGAGUUUCGGCACAAGGGGAUCAAUGGGAAAGCUUGAGUGUCUGGGAGUGGGAUUCAGCAGGAUCUGGUCCAGUCUACGACUGUCUGAUAUUCCCAGCAUCACCUUCACUGUCAGUGUAUUUAUAUUUCCAGAAGUAUGGAGGGAAGAGGUAUGUUUAUGUUGGGAAAUAAAACUAAAGCAAAACAUCAUAAAUCAAUAAAUAUGUUACAAGGAAUAUGUUACAGAUCAUAAAGCCACACUUUUCAUUGUUGACUGAAUGUGCAUAUAUGCAGUAAAACCAGAUACUUGCCUGAUCAUUUACUAUCAGAUUCAAUUUGUUCUGUUUAAAAAAGCAAGUCAAUAAAAGAACUAUGUAAAACAUGACUAUAGUUAAUCUGGUUUACAUUCUAGCAUUAUUUUCACCAGCCAUCAUAACUACACUGAACAAAAUUAUAAACGCAACACUUUUGUUUUUGCCCCCAUUUUUCAUGAGCUGAACUCAAAGAUCUAAGACUUUUUCUAUGGACACAAAAGGCCUAUUUCUCUCAAAUAUUGUUCACAAAUCUGUCUAAAUCUGUGUUAGUGAGCACUUCUCCUUUGCCGAGAUACUCCAUCCACCUCACAGGUGUGGCAUAUCAAGAUGCUGAUCAGAUUCAAUUUGUAUGACAAGUUAUUCUGAAAUAGUACAGUUGCCUAAUUUGUGAACUUUAGGAAAAAAUGGGGUUUUAAACGGCCCUUCUGUUUUACAAUUGAUAUAAAUAUAAUUAAAAAGAAAAAUAGGCUAUAACAUUCAAGUUCAGGUCAACUUUUAUAACAUUGCCCCGUUUUUCAGAACAGGUGGUGCUGUAUUUGGUGUGGAUAUGUUCAGAUGCUUGUGAUUGGUAGAUUUAUUUAUUUUUUUGCUUUUUGUAUGGCAGUCUUGUCAUGGAUGUGAAAGUGUACAAUAUUAAAUUUUAUUUAAUUACUUUGUCAAUUGAUUUAGUCACUGUAACUAAAAUGUAAAUGUAUAAAAUCAAUAAAUGUUUUAAUUUCA